GCGCAUGUUAUGUUCGAUUGAUAAGGAAUGGGAUCGGACGACGCCGAGGUGAAUCAUGGAAUUUUCACAAAAAUAACGAUUUGUAAUUAAGCCUGUAUGGUGAUAAUUUGAGAAAGAGGAUAUAUUUGGAGUUGGAUGAAUAAUUUUAUUUUGUUUCAAUUGUGAACUCUUUACACUGUCUAAAAGUAAUUGAUAUGGAAAAUCAAGCGCAUAACUUGAUUGGUAUGCAGGAGCCUACUGCCUGUGCUGCUGCAGGAGGAGGAGAAGGUAGUGUGCCUAGAUAUCCACUGUCGGGCGGUGCCCGAUAUGUUGAUGUUGGACAAGAGGGCCUAGAAAUCGAUAGCGUUAACAGCCAACCAUAUCGGGGACCAGGCAGUGUAGCAGCACCAGGUUCCCAAAACAAUGAAGUAAUGAUGCUUCAAAGUGAGAUAACGCAGCUGCAGAAGAACCAGCAGUUACUGAUACAGCAACGGCAGGCACUGGAGGCAGACUUUGCACAAAAGAGGGCCAAGUUCAAAGAGCUGUUUCUUGCAAGAGAAGCCGAGUUGGUAAAAGAGGCAAACGAUAUACAGAAGGAGAGGGAUAAUUAUAGCAAAGAGCUAGAGGAAAUUAAAACACUGGCAGCAUUCGCUGAAACUUCUAAAUAUGAGGAAUUGAACGAGGUGAAGGCAAAACAUCAGCAAGACAUUGCAUCCAUGCAGAAGAUGGUGGAUGAGGCAGUUGCUGUCACAACUGCAGAGGUAGGAGCAAGCUAUCAGCAGGAGAGGCUUAAGUUGUUGGAGGCUAACGAUCGCCUGUCUGAAGAGUUACAGAAAAUUCAUUCCUACGUAAAUGAACAUCUUUCAGGAGAAAGUGAAAAGGGUAUAUUGAGUGCAGUGACAAAGUCUUUCAAGAGUUUGACGGUGUCAGCCUCUCCGUCAAAGGAUGCUGCUGGUACCACCAAUGAUGAUUCCUCUAUGGAGUCAAGCAUGAUCCAGGCCAGGAAGGACUCGGAUAUGUUGAAGGCAAUCAUCAUACCACUGGAGGCAGAGAUGGAAAAUCUUAAAAAGAAAUUAAAUUCAUCUGAAAGGGAAAAUAAGCACCUUAAAGAUGAACUUGAGCAAUUGAAACCUGACUCAACAGGUUCAAAAUCGUCAAGACAAAGGUCUGGAGCUAAUGCCGACUUAGAAGAAAGGGUCCAGGAACUUAUUAUAACCUUAGAGAAUGAGAAAGCUUCUAGAUCAGACCUUGAGAUGUACGUUGCGGUACUCAACAAGCAGAAGUCAGUCCUUCAGGAAGAGGUUGAUACACAAAGUAAAGAGCUUGUUGAUGUUUGCCAGCGUUUGGAAAAGGAAAAAAAUGAACAUGAUACCUUGAAGCAAACCUGGCAGAUGGCAAACGAUCAGUUCCUUGAAAUGCAACGGCUCCAAAUGAACGACAUGAGGCGGUUCCAGGCCGUACUGAGCGCGGAGCAACAGCGACAAAUACAAGAAAUGCAAGAGAAAGACCGAGAAAGAGAGGAGCAGGAACAGAGAAUUAAGAAUUUACAAUCAAUGAGGGAUAGACAUUCUCAGGAAAUAGAGGAAAUAAAAGCGAAAGAGAUGGGGGGUGAUGGAGAUCGAACGUCAAAAAGAGGUGCCAGUUCACCGAUCCCAACCCCAUCCUCCAACACUCAUCAUAAGACUCCUGAAAUUGGAGGAACGUCAGAUGACAGCUUAGCGUAUUCAAACAGCGGAUCCGAAGGCUCCAGGACGUACAGAAGGAGUAUAUCGGAUGUGUCCGAAAUCAUGGAUACACCAUUGUCACAUAAUCAGGUGGAUUUGUCAGACAGUGGUGUGGAUGGUAUAAAUCCUGACACUCAAUCUAUUGCAUCCAGUUACAGCCUUACAGAAGCUCAGGAGAAGGCCAUCCUUAGUGAAACCCCAGAGGGUGAAAGAAUGCGUUCAGUGGUAGCCAGUGUAACAGCACCCUCUGAGUUCAUGAAGGUGUCGUCUGGUCAGCGAAUUGUCAGUGAGAAGGAAUGGAUUCAGAUACAAGAGCAGAUUAGACAGUCUCGAGAAAAACUUGGGCGACCAUGUGACAUGUGUGUAAACUAUGAGCAACAGUUGCAGAAAGUUCAGUCAACAGAGAUUGCAUUUAGAGAACAAGUUGCUGCCUUACAGAUGGAUGUAAGGCAACAACAAGAAAAGGUGAAGAAAGAGAUGAGACAAAGAUCUGAAUUAGAAGAAUGUCUGAAGAAUGCUGCUGAGGAUGCUCAGAGACAGAUACGCACCUUAACCGCCAAGAAUAAAGAGUCUGAGGAUUUCCUGUGUCUACUACGUCAGGACUACUUACGCAAUAGUAACGAAUUACACGAUCAACUGCAAAUGUUUAUUCAAUCAAGGGAACAAGUGUAUGAAGAGGUUACAAAGCUUCAAGAGGAGAAUAAAAACCUUAUAGGGAAGCGAGCUAUACAUACAUCAAUUGCCAAUAAAGAUGGCUUUCAAAUGCCAGACACAAAAGAGGAAUGUCAGGAGAUGUUGACAAGGUACAGAGAAGAUAUGAUCAACAUCCAGGUAUCAAUUGACCACGAAAAUCAAAAACUUACAAAUGAGAUUUCAUUUUUAAAGAAUCAACUGGAGAGUGAGCAACACACUCGAAUGUCGCUGGAUCAAACUUACCAGCAAGAACUAGAAGAAUAUAAAGAUGAUCAUGUUAAGAUACGCAGUAUUAAAGAUGAAUUAAAUAGAACAACCACAAGUCUACAAGAAUUAGAAAAGGAACACAAGUCGUUGAUCGAAAACUCACAAAGAAAUGAACAACUUACAGAAUCAUUGAAACAAGAGAAUAAACAACUUCAAGAAAUUAAGAUAAACCUUGAGAGUAAUUUACGGCAGAGUAAACUGAAGACACAUGAUCUCCAGCAAAUACUCGAUAACAGUGAGGCAGUGCAACAUGACCUUGUUAAGUUAUCACAAACAUUGCAGGUGCAAUUAGAAAAUGUUCGUCAAACUGAUAAUGAAGUGCGAUGGGAACAUGAGGAUGAUGUUGAAAAUUGUCAUAGAUGUAAACAGCAUCUAAAAGAUAAAAAGAAGAAGCAUCAUUGUAUGCACUGUUGUAAAAUCUUCUGCAUUGACUGCCUGAGCAAGUCGGUUGAAAGUGGUCCGCGACGACGCAAGAUGCAAGUCUGUGACGUAUGCCACACGCUGCUCGUCAACGAGUCUGCUCCAUACUUCAGCAAGGAAGCACCAGAUACGUCUUAAUAUCAGGUGCAAGAAAUGUAAGCGAUUCAUGUGGACCAGAAUGUAGCAACGCUUCAUUAGUGGAGGAAGCAUGUUUGAAGCAGAAUGUAGCAUCACCUCAGUAAUGGAAAUAUCUUGUGGGUGGAGCAAAAUGUAGCAGGAACUGCACUAAUGGAGAUAUCAUGUUUGUAGUAGGAAUUCAGCAUGUCACAAUGAUAUAUUAUCUACCAAUCUGUUGUAUGGCAAUUAAUUAGCAAUGCUAGUGCUCAAUCCAACAAUUGUAGAAUGUGAAAGUUUGCUUAUUUUUUUAGCUUUUUUUCAAAACAAAGUCAUUUAACUUUCAGUUAUUUUUUUGAAUAAACAUUAUUUCUGUACGUAAUUUUCAAUCUGUAAACUGGUUAUUGAUAAUAUAAAUUAUAGAUAAAGAAACAGGUUCCGAAAUAUUUGUGCACAAAAUGGAACAUCCGUACAAACAAACAAAUUGAAUAUAUUUGAAUAAUCUAUUACAGCAUACAUGACAUAUAACCCUUCAGCGAAACCAUAUCAUAUUUUAGAGGGUGCUUUAAUGUUUUUUUGUUAUCCAACAGUGUGUGAAUUACAACUUACAAUAUUGACUAAUCUUUAAGGUUUAGUUUAUUUUCCAAUACAAAGUAAUGGAAAGGAAAUUUUUUUUCCCAGGUUCAAGAACUAAAAAUACAGUAUUACUCAUCAAAGGUUGUAAGAAAAUAACUAUACUUAAGCUUUGUACAUAUAACAAAAAGGUAAUUUGUUAUAGAGAAAUACUAAGGCGUAACAAUAGUAGAUCCAGGAAUUUGAAAUUGAGGGGCCCAGAAAGACAAGAUGGCAGGUUGCGACUACCUCAGCCCCACCAUGGUUUAGGCUGUCUCAAACUAAAAUUUGAUUGUAAUUUUCUUUAUUUUUUUUUGUUUUCAAAAACUUAGGGGAGUAGUUCCCCCUCUGUGCUCAAUACUUUAUGUGGCUCAUGUUUUAGAAAAUAUACUGAUAUUCGCAAGAUUUGACCACAGGACUGUUGAUCUUAUAUUAUUGAACCUGUUUCUUUAUGUAUAAUCAAAUAUAUAAUUCCUUCUAGAUCCAUCAAACAAAAUUAAAUUACAUAGCACUGUGUUUCACUAUAAUUGAUGAUUGUUUAUAUUUCUCCAUGUUGUUUUGGUUAGUAUGGGUAUUAUGCUAAUUAUAUACACCAGUUACACAAUUAAAUUAUUUUUUAUAACAGUACAUAACUUCAAUUGGUUGGCCAAUCAUGUUGCCUCACCACCCACAGAGAAUUUUAUAUGUCAAAUGAGCAUUUAGCUUUGGUAAUAGGUCCAUCUUCCAGUUCAGUCUCAAGGUACGGUAUUUUGUGUUGAGUAAACCCAGGCACUCGCUACGUCGUACUUGUGAGCGCUACAUCAUGCAACGCUGUCUGCUGUUUGUCGGUUGCAGUCUGAACGGAUCAUUAAAAACGAUCGCUGUGUGUGCGUGGUGGCACUGUGUUCUCCAUAGAAUUGCACUGGCCUACGACCAUCGAGGCGCAGUUGGUUCCCGGCUUAACUGAACUUAAUAAAAUUAUUGAAUGUUUUAUUUACUUGCAUUUGUUAAAGAUAUACCACCAUCUAAAUACAACACAUUAGUUGAAAUAUUAAAAAAAGAAAUUUAAUUUCUUAAUUUUUAUAUUUCAAUAUACUAUUAGCUGUCAAGUGAAAAUUAGAAUAGAAAAUUUUCUUUCUAUGUCCUAAAAUUUUUCACUUUAGUCUGUGCAAUAUACUGUAAACUUUCUGGCAGCAAUUUUUGACAUUUUUUUAGUAAAACAUUGAAAACUUUUUUGUUUUGUUGACUUACUGAUAGUUGGUAAAUUAUGCAGAGAAAAGUUUGGAUAGGGGCACGUAGCGGGCAGGGGUCGUCUUUGAGAUUUUCGUUUAGAAAUGCUUUACCAUAGACACUGGUUCAUGGAAUUUAAAUCGAAAAUUAGCAUGUUUUGGAGUAAGCCUAUGGUACAUGUACCAUGCCUCUCUUUUUCCUUUCUUUUCUUCUCUCUUUUCCCCUUUUUUUGGAUUCAUACCUCACAUGCCUCCCCCUAUAUCUGACCCUGCUUAUAUUUUUUCUUUUAAAUGGGUGAUGGUUUCCCCUUUAAUUUUAUGGGUGGUAGUAUAUUAGCUUUCAAUUUAAAAAUCAGUCUGAGAAAACACUUUCUUCUCUUGAAAAUAAAACUGCUGCUAAUAAAUCAGUUCAUGGAUUCUUAAUUUGAAAUGUCUUAAGUGAGUUUUUCAGACUCUCCCACCUGACACCUCCAAAUUUUGUCACAGACCAAGUCAGAUAGGCAAAGAGUACAUUAAGGCAAGCUGAAAUAUUUGAGUAUGGACACUACAUUUUUGUCUUACAUCAUAUACAUUGUAAUAGGCAUAAACAUUUUUUUUUUAAAUUCAGAAAAGUUUUUAACAGUAGUAGGGGUCCCAAGUUGGAAGACGUCACUUCCAGGAGAUUUGGUUAAAUUAGUUUUAAUAUUUAUAUAGGCUCUGGAUAAAAAAUUUAAAACUUACUAACCUUUCAGCUGUGCUACAGACCACUUGGAAAAAUCGAAGGGUCAAAGGGUAUCCGGAAUCACCGAGGUCAAGUGACCUGCCCCUCUCCCCCCCCCCCACCAUCCGACGGCCUUCUCAGGAUAUUGUUCCACACAUUGGGAAAGUUGUGUCUCCCACCAUUCGCAUUGAACGUAGGGCUGUGUUGCCAGAUGUAUACGGCUUCCUUUAUGCCUCUUACAAAAAAUGUUGGUUCGACGGUAAGAAUCUCUGUAUUACAUUUAAUAUUAUUUUACUGCGCAGGAGAUGAUUAAAGAAGUAGUAAGAUGCAGAUAUUGUAUACAUUUUCGGGAAAUUCUUGCUUGCUUGCGGAAGGCCGUCCCUAAUUCUGUGGGACUCCUAUAACUGACUGGAGACUUGAGACCCCUGCUGCAGUGUUCGUGUCUUUCUAGAAACAAUCAUAUAAUGCUUCUCUAUGGUGCUUACCAUUUAGGUUGUUUUGUUAUUACAUGAUCCUUUUGUUUAUAGUAAUCAUUUUAGAUUAUACUGUGUAAUGCCUCUCCUUCUUCCUAGGUAAAUGACUGUGUUUUUCACUUUUGGGUAUAAUGCAGAUUUACCUUAACAACUACACCAAUAGUCAUAAGCAGGCGUAAGGCAAUGUUCGCCAAACAACUCAAACUGAUGAUCUAGGUAUAUGCAUUGGUUUCUUUCUAACCAUGUUGUUAAUCUUGUAGUUCCAAUUGCACAUAUGCAAGUUAAAGGUCAAAGCUAUUAACAAAUAAUCUAGCCUAUCACAGUGCAGGUAUUGAAUGAAUGUUUAUGUUGUAUAAUAAUUUGUUUUAUUAUUUUUCUUGACCUUUGGCAUAUGUAUGUACUACAAGAUGUCUUAUUGUUUUUUGUGUUGAAGUGAUAUAAAUUUAUAUCUUCCUUUAUGAUUUAUAAAUUAUAUGUUAGCUUGGUAUUUUAUAAAUAAUUAAACUAACAAUUAUUUAUUCAUUACGUUAAUUCAUUAAGUUAAUUUACAAUUACUAAUUUUAUCAGAGUAAUUCAAGUUUCAAAUCUGUUAUAUGCGAGCACGAUGUUACAUAUUAAGAAAAUAAUUGCUUGCUUUAGUAUUUUUAAUCUUAUUUAACUUAAUUGGACAGUAAGUGAAUGAUCAUUUUUAAAAAUAAUUUUAUUAAUUUAUUACGUUCAUCAAGAUAAUGUCGGUAAUGACAAUUCUCCUAAUCAAUGCCUUUGUGAGCAAGUAAUGAUGAGUCACCGGGUUAUGGUGGCAGUGUUAAGUUUGACAUCAUCUUCGCGCUUGUACUAACAUACGUCAUAGUUCACGUCAUAGUCGCGUUAAAUUCUACCAAUUGACUGGUGCCUACACAAAAAUAAAACAACACCUACGGAAUGCUCUUCAAUCAACCUCAAAAUGCACCUAAAGACUCUUCUUAUCCUGCUUGGUUUGUCAUUUUCAUUCUUUGUAUGGGAAUUUUCGCUGCCUAUCUUCCAAGAGAUGCUUUUAAGAACUGUAGGCAUACGAUGAAUACUGGUCAAAAAUGAAGACGUGAUAACGUCAAUUUUGGCAUGCAUACUGACGUAAUAAUGGCAUCACAAUUGGGAGUACAGUAGUUUUAUGUAUUAUGUUGCCACUGUGAAUAUACAUGAUAAAUAUACUAUUUAUGAAGUUGAUUGUGAAUGUAAGUCUUAAAUGAAAUUAUUAUUAUUAAAUCAUAAUUAAAGAUUGUA